AUGAACACUAUUCUCGAAGGAACCGCCAACUUCUCCGAAUGGCACAAUGAGCUCAAGGCCUACCUCGAAGCCAGAGGUCUAUGGGAGCGAGUAUCGUGUGCGGGACCCGCACGCAAAGGCUGGAAAGCCUCCAAGGACGCCGAACCACGCCGCAUACUCCUCUCCUCCGUCGACGCCGAGCUCGUUCCCACAGAACUCAAGACCACGAAAGCAUUGCACAUCUACCAGUACCUGUGCGAGUGCUACGGCGAGGACGAGCCAGUCCAACAAUCCAUCAACGCUGGUUAUCUGGCCCGGCUGUGGUUUGACAGCGAGAACGAGACGCUCGAGGCCUUCUUGCGCAGGUACACGUACGCGAUCAUUGCCUGCGAGCGCUCGAAUUACCACAUUGAGGACGCGCAUCAGGUCAACACCUUGCUCGGGCAUAUCGAACUCGCCUACCCGGACACUGUGGCCGCUAUACGGGAGGAGAUGCGCGGAGGCGACAUGCCUACUCUCGAGGAUAUCUUCCCCGAGUUGAUCGUUGAGAGCAGGGAAGAGGAGGGCUAUUACGACACUACCCCGGCCAACCACACCACCAACGAAAAAGAGGGCAAGACACCCCACCCCUGCCGCUGUUGUUUCAUCCCCAGCCACAGCGACGAGAACUGCUUCCCACUCCACCCCGAGCAGUGCCCCAUGCCCGGCUUUGAGCCCAACCAGAGGCUCGCUAAGCGGUAUUACCGCUUGUACGGAGAACAGGACGUCAUGCAGGAGGGGUGGGAAGAAACGUUGGCUAUCCGCAGCAAGGAGGCGCAUGACGCAGGGCUGGAGGAAGAGGCUGAGGCUAUGGAGCAGAGCGAGCCUGGAGCCUUGCUGCUGGGCUGGAAGGAGGACUUGGUCGACUUCACCAAGGACGCUUGA